AUGAGUGACGUUGACCAGUCACUCACAACGACUGAGAAUCGAACUAAUAACAAUGAUUUACAAGAAAAUGAUAAUGAAGUAACAAAAAAUGAUGGUGUUGGAGAUGAUGAGAACACGGACAUUAUAAGUAAUAAACAAAAUUUGCCAGUCGAUCAUUCAACAAUCAAAAUUGAAGAGUCUGUUCUACAUAAUGAGAAUAUGAAUGCAUCAAACGAUGAAAAUGCAAAACAAGAAUUUUCUGAUAUUGUCUUAAAUGAUGCUGACUCUUCAAAAUCGGAAAAUGAGACUGCUCGUGAGAUAACCUCAGAUAUAGCGCAAAAUGGUACUACAGCUGUUCAGAAAGAAAAUGAUACACUAUCAGAAGUUGAAUUAUCAAAUAAUUCUCAUGCGAAAAUAACUGAAGCAGUAGGAGAAGGAGACGAAGACUAUGUACAUAGUGACAUACAUGGACAACACGGCUCGGAAAUGGAAGAAACAACUUCACAUUUGAAUGAAUCGUAUAAGCCCUUAUCGCCGUCAGAACAGCAGCCAAAACAACAGUUACUCAAUGAAAACGAUUCACUCGACGGAGACAAUUCAAAUAGUUUAUUGAAAAAUAUACACGAUAAAUCGAACAAAGAUGCAAGCGCUUAUCUUUUAAACACGCUCGUCGAUGGUGAUUUUGAUUUAGACAAAAAUUAUAUUAUACAAAAACCCAAAAAUUUAACACAAAUUUUGACAAUAUGGCCAAAAUUGUCAUCUUCUUUACAAGCUAAAAAUGCUGUGAAACUAUUGAACGUCUUGAAAGCAAUGCCAUAUAGAUAUGGACCAGAUGAAUUUUUUAAUUUUCCUGGACGUAAAGGAUCGGGUAUUGUUCUACCACCGAUUAAAUCUUGGCCAUAUCAAAACGGUUUUACUAUAACAUGUUGGUUUCGUAUCGAUCCAGUUUGUAAUAGCAUCAUUGAAAAAGAGAAACCUUACCUGUACUGGUUUUGUACAUCAAAAGGUCUUGGUUAUUCAGCGCAUUUUGUUGGAAAUUGUCUUGUUAUAUCGUAUGCUAAAAUGAAAGAAAAAGGAUUUCAACAUUGCAUACAAUAUGAAUUUAAACCAAGAGAGUGGUACAUGGUUACAUUUUCUCAUCAAUAUCAACGUUGGGGUAAAAGUAGUGUACACUGUUAUAUCAACGGUCAACUAGUAUCAAGUGCUUAUUUUCCAUGGCCAAUCGAAAAUCAAGAAUUAUUUGAUAAAUGUUAUAUUGGUUGUACACCGGAUCGAAGCGAACUAACCAGUUUUUCGGGGCAAAUGUCAACAUUUUUCUUAUUUAGUUUUUAUCUUGAACCAUUGAUAGUUCAUGGUUUAUACAAAUUGGGUCCAGCCUACAAGAAUCAAUUUAAAUUUGAAAAUGAAAGUGCGCACGUUUUAACAGAACCACAACGAAAAGCAAUGUAUGAUGGUAAAUUAAUGAAUUCAAUUGUAUUUAGUUAUAAUCCAAUAUCGUGCGAUGAACAAUUGGUUCUUCAAUCGGCUCCGAAAAAUAAUAUUUCAUAUUUUGUUCAUAAUGCUCAUGCACAAAUGUUAAGCAAUGUUAGAGCUGUUAUAGCACAUUCACUUUAUAGUACAUUACAUUCUGUGGGUGGUAUUCAGGUAUUUUUCUCACUGUUUGGUCAACUAGAUUAUCCUCAAAUCGAUGGUACAAUUGACUAUGAUGUUUGCUCGUCAUUAUUAGCAACUAUAUGUGAUUUAAUUGAACGUUCAUAUACAAUUCAGCAUCAAAUGUUAAGUUAUAAAGGCUUUUUAACAAUUGGAUAUUAUUUAGAAAAGACAUCAAGACAGCAUAUUAAUCAAAAUGUUUUGAAUUCAUUAAUAUCAUUAACAAGGUUUUUUGCUAAAUUACAGAGUAAAAAUAGUCCAUUGUUAUUAAAACAAUUAUUUGUUCAUAUAUUUUUCAAUCCAGUCAUUUGGAUUUAUUGUUCAGUUGAUACUCAAAUGGUUUUAUAUACGUAUUUGGCAACAGAAUUUGUUACGUAUGCAGAUAUUUACAAUAGUAUUCAACCCAUAAGUGGAAUAAUUCAAACGUUACACACGCUUAAAUAUUAUUACUGGGUUAUUGAUCCUCUUCAUCGUAGUGGAUACGAACCAAAAGGCACAGAGGGUAAUCGACCAUCAGCUGCACAAAUAAUUGAAAUACGACAAUUUAUGCUACUUUAUAUGAAACAACUAAUUAUAACGGGACCAGGUAUUCAAGAAGAUGAAUUACAAGCGAUUUUAAGUUAUUUACAUACGGUUCAUGAAGAUGAAAAUAAUAUCGAUGUGUUGAAUAUGUUGGUUACUCUAAUGUCCGAACAUCCCAAAUCGAUGGUACCCGCAUUUGAUCGUCGACAAGGAUUAAGAACCGUAUUUAAACUAUUAGAAAGUAGUAGUGAAAUGACACGUUUACAAGCAUUGAAAUUAUUAGGAUUUUUCCUUCAAAGAAGCACAACAAAACGAAAAACUGAUUCUAUGCAGCCACAUAAUCUGUUCUCGUUGUUGGCCGAUCGAUUACUUCUCCAUGCCAACGAAUUCACUCUGGCAACGUAUGAUGUUCUGUUAGAGAUUCUUGUGGAAAAAAUAAGCGGUUCCUCAGAGGAAAAACGGAGUGUUAAUAUCACUAGUGAAUGGAAGAUUGAAAAUCCAGCUAUGAUCAAAGUAAUAGCCACAUUAUUGCGCAAUUCACCAGAUAAUUUACAUCUUUACGAGAUAAAAAUGCGUUAUUUGGAAGAUUUGAUAGCAUUAUCGGUAGACAGUCGUGAUAAUAGACGUAUCAUAUUACAGAUGUCUGUAUGGCAAGAUUAUUUACUCGGUCUCGCCUAUAUCUAUCCCACAACACAUGAACAAAUUGAAAUAACAGAUUUAGUGUUUAAAUUAUUUAAAAUUUUAUUACAUCAUGCAAUUAAAUAUGAGUUUGGUGGAUGGCGAGUAUGGAUUGAUACAUUGUCCAUUUUACAUGGCAAGGUAACGAAGGAAGAUUAUCACAAGAAAAUUAGUAAAAUGGUUGAACACAUGAAAGAUGAUGAUGACGCUGAUAAAAUUCAUCCAUCGACACCAAAGAGUAGUCAAGCUGAAAUAUCAACUGACUCAGCCACAACAAUAUCUACUCCAACGUCGAAAUCAACAGUAACAAACCGACAAGUUUUCAAUAAAACUGGUCAACUACCACCAUUUAAUAUAUCUGAAUUUAAAUAUUCUCCCAUGCAUAUACGCUUGUUACAUAGUGUAUUUGAUACAAUCGAAGAAGACGUUCGCUCAUUAAGAUCCGAUCCAACAAAAUCAAUAUCAGAUUAUAUCAAUCAUAAUGAUAAUCAAAUAUUUUGUGUUAAUGUUGUUCAUAUUAUAUCUCAGAUGGCUGAUAUUCUAUGUAAUGCAAGUGGUGGACUAUUGCCACUAUUGGCUAGUGCUACAUCAGCAUCGCAUGAAAUUGAAAUUUUAGAAAAUACGGAAGGUUUAACGCCCGUUGAAGCAUUAAAAAUUCUUAAACGUAUCAUGGCAUUUGUCGAUUUAUUUGUAAUAGCUAAUAAUGGAAACUUUACAGAAUUAGAACAAGAAAAGAAUAUGCCAAGUGGUGGGAUAGUUCGACAAUGUUUGAGAUUAACAAUGACAGUCGCUGUUCGUCAGUGUAUGGAAUGUCGAUUUCAACGUUUUGAUACAACAAGAAUUCCACAACAGCAAUUAACUGCUAAACAAUCACAACAAAAACUAUCAGCAAAAGAUCCAGUAGAAGCUGUUUUAGAAUUAACACAACUAAUGACUCAGAAUGAUCAAGAACAUAUUGAAAACUAUCGGGCAAAUGAGUCUGAUGACAUAUUACUAUUACUAUCAUCACUGAUUAAAAAUCCUGAUAGUGUACUACAAGAAUUAGAUGUUCAUCGCUUAAGAGCUCUAAUUUAUCGUGAUGUGGACGAUACUAAACAAUCACAAUUUUUGGCACUAGCUAUUGUCUACUUUGCCUCGGUUCUCAUGGUGUCACGUUAUCGAGAUAUAAUUGAGACAAAUCAAACAUCAUUAUCGCGAACAACGUCAAUUGUUAGCUCAUCACCAAGUGUUAGAAAUGGUACCAACGGUUUUGUGGGUCCUAAUGUAGAUACGGCAAGUGUCAAUGGGGUAACUGUACCAGUGUCGAAUAAUUCUCAGAGAAGUUUAAACGAGUCUGGUUCAUCAGAAGAUAAAACUGACGGACAUGAUCAGAUAGACGCUGAAUCGCUAGGCAAAAGUACCACAGAUUCAACAAAUCCACCAACAAUCAGUCAGUUGGCCAUUGCGAGUAUUCCAAUUGAUAAUCCGUUGACUUCAGAUAAAGAAAAAUAUGCUGAAAUAGUCAAAAAUAAUACACGUUUACCAGAGUAUCCAAAAACAAAUUUUGCAUCGUCCGAAACUCAAUCGUCAAUGAACAUAACUGAAAAAUUAGAACGAGCUUUAUCAAAUGUAGCUCCGUUUCUGCGAGAUGUAUUCACUGAAUUUUCGCAAUUGUUAACAAAAACGCUUGUCGGAUCACAUGGACAAGAAUUGUUACCUGGAGGUCUAAAUGCAUUGAAACAAACAACAAAUGUUGUCGAAUUAGUUAUGCUAUUAUGUUCACAGGAAUGGCAAAAUUCAUUACAAAAACAUGCGGGACUUGCUUUCAUCGAACUCGUUAAUGAAGGCCGUCUAUUAUCCCAUGCAAGCAAAGAUCAUGUCGUCAAAGUAGCAAACGAAGCCGAUUUUAUAUUGAAUCGUAUGCGAGCAGAUGAUGUUCGAAAAGCAUCAGAAUACGAACAACUGUGUGCACAAACAACACUAGAACGACAAGAAGAAGAACGUCUUUGUAAUCAUUUUCUUUGUGCAGCACGUAAACGACACCAAUCUGUUGCAAUUAAAAUGAAAGAAAAAUGCUCAACAACAAUGGCCAACGAUAAAAAUAUAUAUUUAAAUACGAUAAAUAAAAAUUUGAAAACAUACUGGAAACUCGAUGCAUGGGAAGAUGAUUUGAGACGACGUCGUCGAAUUAGUAAAAAUCUAAAGGGUUCAUCGCAUACAGAAGCAGUUUUAAAAGUUAACAUAAGUCAAGGUAGAGGAUAUGCUUCAAUUGAUGAAAGAGUAUUUCGUCAAUUUUUCCCAUAUAAAUUAGGCGUGGCGAAUGAAGAUGCAAUAAACGCAGUAGCUAAAGAAGACGGUUUUCACAAACAAUUGAGACAAAAAUCACAAAGUUUUGUCCAAACGAGUGAUGAUGAAGAUACAUUACAAGUGGAUGAAAAAGAUCUGGAUCAAGAGUUUAGUGGUAUUAUUAAAGGAACAUUAGUCAUCACAUCAAAUGCUAUGUUGUAUGAUACAGAUGAAAAUGAUGAAACAUUUGAUACAUUUGAUAAAAAAGUUUUACAGUAUGUUGAAAACUUAAAUGGUAAAUGGAAUUUUAGCGAAAUACGUGCCAUAUUUUCGCGACGUUAUUUACUACAAGAUAAAGCAUUAGAAAUUUUUGUAUCUAAUAGAACGAGUAUCAUGUUUGCAUUUCCUGAUCGUGGUACAGUGAAAAAAGUCGUGAAUUAUUUACCACGUGUCGGUGUUGGCGGAAGAUAUGGAUUACCACAACAACGUCGAACAUCUCUUGCAUCACCAAAACAAUUAUUUCGUUCGGCAAAUAUGACACAACGUUGGCAACGACGAGAACUAAGCAAUUUUGAAUAUUUAAUGUAUCUAAAUACUAUAGCUGGUCGAACAUAUCAAGAUCUAAAUCAAUAUCCCGUAUGUCCAUGGAUUAUUGCUGAUUAUGAAAGUGAAAAAAUUGAUCUUAAUUCACCAGCAACUUAUCGUGAUCUAUCAAAACCAAUUGGUGCGUUAAAUCCAACUAGAAAAGCAUUUUUUGUUGAUCGAUAUCAUAAGUGGAACAAUGAUUCUAUUCCACCAUUCCACUAUGGAACACAUUAUUCAACUGCGGCAUUUACACUCAAUUGGCUAAUUCGUUUGGAGCCAUUUACAACCUAUUUAUUAAGUUUACAAGAUGGCAAAUUUGAUAAUGCCAACCGUACAUUCCAUUCAAUACCAGUUUCUUGGCAAAACUGUCAACGUGAUACAUCAGAUGUCAAGGAACUUAUUCCAGAAUUUUUCUUUUUACCUGAAAUGUUUGUCAAUACAAAUAAUUAUAAAUUUGGUACAACGGAAGAUGAUUUGAAAGUGGAUGAUGUUUUAUUACCAAAAUGGGCUGCCACACCUGAAGAAUUUGUUCGACUAAAUCGUAUGGCUCUUGAAUCUGAGUUUGUUUCAUGUCAAUUACAUCAUUGGAUCGAUCUUAUUUUUGGUUAUAAACAACGAGGUCCAGAAGCUCAAAGAGCGGUGAACUUGUUCUAUUAUAUGACAUAUGAAGGAGCAAUUAAUUUAGAUGCUAUUACGAAUCCAAUCGAUCGUGCUGCUGUUGAAACACAAAUAAAAAAUUUUGGUCAAACACCAUCUCAGCUACUCACCGAACCUCAUCCACCAAGAAAUUCUGCCAUGGCUCUGGCACCAAUGGUAUACAAUCAAAUAACAGAAGAUGUUAGUAUGAUUAUGAAAUUUUCAUCAAAUGCACCAAUUAUUCACGUAUCAGCAAACACUAAUCCGUCCAUACCCUUGCAAGCAGUUUUGACAAUUAGUCAAAAACAUGAUUUUUCUAUUAAUAAAUACAAUCAAGCUUCUGGUACAACACCGCAAGGUUUUACUGAUACCACAGUUGGAGCCAGUCAUUCAGCAUUACCGUUAAGCAUGGAUUCUCUAUUAGUUUUAAAUACUGGAUUGCAACGACGACAUUUAGGAAAUAAUUUCGAUGAACGUUUACAGCAACGUCAACAAAAUUUUAUGGUUACAGCUGAUAACCGAUUUAUUGUGGCAACAGGUUUUUGGGAUAAAUCUUUUCGAGUUUUAAAUACGGAUAAUGCUAAAAUCACUCAAGUUUUAUAUGGUCAUUUUGAUAUUGUAACGUGUAUAUGUCGUUCUGAAAUCACUGUUGCUGGUAAUUGUUUUAUUACAACGGGUUCAAGAGAUUGUACGGUUUGUAUCUGGAUAUGGAAUGGUACGAAAGGAGCUGUUGUUGAUCGAGAAUAUCCAAAUCAAGACAUUAAUCCAUCUCCUGCUGCCAUACUAACUGGACAUGAUUCAGAAAUAACAUGUUUAUGGAUAUCAGCUGAAUUAGGUAUUGUAUUGAGUGGAGGUGAAAAUGGUUUAGUACUCGAACACACAUUAAAUGGUGAUGUAUUACGUUCAUUUGAAAAUCCAUUGCCAACAGACAUACCAAGAAUUAUUUCUCCAUCGAAUGAUGGUGAUAUUAUUGUCUGUUAUGAUCGAUCAAAAUUAUGUUUAUAUACAUUAAAUGGAAAAUUAAUGAGACAAGCAAUUUUCGAAGAUGAAAUAAUACAGAGCUUAGAAGUGAAUACUGAUGGUCAAUAUACGGUCAUCGGAGGUGAUCGAGGUUUUGUUCAGAUUAUUCGUACAUAUGAUUUACAACCUGUUUAUGCAUAUCCACAAUGUGAUGCUAGUAUUCGAUCAUUAGCAAUUACUCAUGAUCAAAAAUAUAUUAUGGCUGGAUUAUCCACCGGUUGUCUAAUUGUAUUCAAUGUUAAUUUUCCAGCUAUUGGACAUCGUCGCGAUUCGGCAUCACCAUUGAAUCCAACAGCAAGUGCCACAUCGUUAUCUUCAUCUUCUUCAUCAGCAAAAGUUCCUCCUCUAGAACAAUCAACACCGACAUCAACUCGAAAAUAA